AUGUUUAAUAGGAUUUUAAAUAAUAAUGUUUGCAAAAAAACACUUUUAAAUCAAAGUUUUAAUUUAAUAAAUAAAAAUAACUUCAAAUUUUCUUUAUAUAAAAAUAGUAGUAAUUUUAGUGGUGUUAUAUUAAAUAGUAAUAAUAAUAAUAAUAAUAGGUUCUAUACAUCAACUACCAAUAAUAAUAAUAAUAAUAAUAAUAAUAAUAAUCAAAAUGUAAUAACAACACCAACAUCAACAGCAACAAAAACUACAGAAUUAACAGAAUUAACAGAAUCAACAUCAUAUGAUCCAAAUAAAUUAGGAGGUGGAAUUGAUGAAACACUUAAAAUUAAUUUAGAAGAUUUUAAACAUGUAUUGGAUCCAGAGAUGGUACCAAUUACAGGAUUACCAUCAUUUAUUGAAGUUUGUUUAAAUCAACUUCACCAUUUAACAUCAUUACCAUGGUUAGUGAUUGUACCAGUAUUUACAUUAUUCAUUCGUUCUGCAUUAUUUCCACUCUCAAUUAAACAUCGUAUAAAUUCAAUGCGUUUACUUGAAAUUAGACCACAAUUAGAUAAAUUUAAAGAACAACAAAAAAUCAAUAGAAAGAAUAAAGCAUCAAUUCAAGUUCGUGCUCAAACUUCACAAAAGAUUACAACUCUAUUAAAAGAAAAAGGUUGUCAUCCAGUUUUAUCCUACAUUCUACCAAUGGCAAAUUUACCAUUUCUAAUUUCCUCCAUAAUUGCAUUCCGUGAUAUGGCUGCAAAUUAUCCUUCACUCAAAGAUGCUGGUAUGCUUUGGUUUACCGAUUUAUCUCAAAGUGAUCCAAUUUUUGUUUUACCUGUUAUUUGUUCUUCACUUUAUUUAAUUGCAACUGAAUUGGCAUUUUCAAAAAAUACAAAUCCAUUAAUGGUAGCACUUAAAUGGGUAUCAAGAGGUAUGUCAUUAUUGUUGAUUGCAUUUAGUCCAACAAUUCCAAGUAUUUGUUAUUUAUAUUGGAUACCAUCAGGAUUAUUUACAAUUGCACAAUCCCUUGCAUUCAAUUCAAAAAGAGUAUGUAAAUUUUUAGGUUUACCAAUAUCAAUUAAAAGUGGUGAUUCAGUCAUUAGUUUAUUUAAUGAUGGAGAAAAUAAAAAACCUGAAAUUAAAUAUGCACCAGAAUUACCAUCAUCAUCAAAAUCUAAACCAAUAUUUAAUAAAAAGAAAUAA